AUGCUUCUAGCAGGAGAAAACUAUCCAUCAAUCGAUAUACACAAAUUGGUUCGAUUUCUAAUACUGCGUUCUAAAGGGAAAACAACACCUCUUAAAGAAUUCAUUAUAGUUGACGUGAACGAUCAUUCAGAAUAUGUGAAAGAGCACAUUAUAACAGCUGAACAUUUCAACCGUUUCCUACUUUCCCGUAAUUACUUCGAAACACCGCUGCUUGUGGACGCUCGAAUCGAGAAGCGUACUCUUGUAAUCUACGGUGAGUCGGCGAGCAUGGUGACCACAGCGUUGCACCAACGAGGAUACGCAGCUGUUUAUCUAUCAGGGAACAUUCCUUUCUUCACAACUUUCUACACGACUGGUCUGACCACUAAAAGUGGUGAUACAUUCGAUAUCUCAGCACUCGAAGAAGCACUAGAGAGAAAAAGAAAUUUCGAUCGGGGUGGUCGACUUUGGCGCAGCACUUCUGCAUCACGGAUUCGAAGCGUUCAGUCUGACAGGAAUGGUUCUGCGAAAAAGAUCAAGGUCCCUUGGAAAUACUAG